AUGCACAUACAGACACAACGAAACGUCACCAUGCUUAGCCGCGUUCUCAUCUUAUGCCUGUUGUAUUUCUAUGGCGAGAUGGCGCAGUCGAAGGGCGAGGCGGUUCACGUGGCGGUGGUUGGCAGUGGUCUGGCCGGCCUUUCGGCCGCCUAUUACGCGUGCCUGAGAGGUGCUCACGUGUCGUUGAUCGAGGGCGAGAAAAGGGUAGGCGGUAACAGUGCCAAGGCGACCAGCGGCAUCAACGGCUGCCAUACGUCUGCGCAGCGGGCGAUGAACAUAAACGACAGCCACGAACUGUUCGCCGCUGACACCCUGAAGUCCGGCCACGGACUGAGCGACCGGCAGCUGGUCAACGUGCUAGUGGACAACAGCGCGAACGCCGUCGAACGACUGACCGAGUUGGGUGCCAACCUCAGUGACGUCAUCAUCCUUGGAGGCCACACAGCACCGAGGACUCACCGGUAA